GGAUUUUUAACCAGGCAAGAUGUCGUUCUACGCGCUCGCCCUAUUCUGCGCUACCGCGUUUGUGCUCACCGCGGCUCAGGAUUUCGAACUUCCUGUACAAACCUGUAAGCGUGAUGCAGAUGACUAUUCGUCUUGCUUGAGACUUGCGAUACAAGAAUCAUGGCAGAACUUCGUCCCAGGUAUCCCGAAACUCGAUGUGCCAGUUUUGGAUCCGUACUUUACCGACCAGGAAAGAACUGUGUACGAAACUAACGACAUGCGCGCGGACAUAACAGUCACAAAUGUUAAUUCCUAUGGACUUGCGAAGGCUCAGUUCUUGGCCGUGAGACCACAGCAUUCCGAUAACUACUUUAAAUUAGAGCUUGAUGUCGAUUUGCCAAAGGUACUCAUCGAGGGAAAUUAUAAGGCGGAUGGAUCCCUGGGAACGUUCCAAAUUGGUGGCGAAGGAUUCUUUAACAUUAGCAUGGAAGACAUUAAAUGCACUUGGAUAAUGGAAGGACCCGUCGCUAACGAUAGAUGGACGCUCGAACAUUUCCAUUUAAAUCCGGAAGUUGGAAAGAUGCAGGUUUGGUUCAGUGAUAUGUUCAAUGGUAACGAGGAACUCAAUAAUGCCGCAAUGAAAUUCGUAAACGAAUAUUGGCCGACCUUGUAUCGUUCGAUGCUACCAUUCCUCGCGAAGAACUGGGAUGAACGUCUUACUGAACUCAGCAACCGCAUAUUCUCGAAGAUAUCUUUCUCGAAGACGUUCCCUUGAAGCCCUUGAGGAUGUUUUCUUCUUGCUAGGACACGUACAUAGUGUAGUGUGUAUAAUCGAAGUAGCGCCGAAUUUGGAGUCUUAAAUAUUUCACGGACUGCUCAAAACCGGCGCAGAGGAACGCAAAAUUCCUCUAUCUGAAGUCUGUGAACAUCCCGAAGUGAUAAGUUCUUUUCUUUUCAUCGUCCGUACUUCUGAUAGUGUUAUUUAGAUUUGCACGGAAUCGACAUGCGUGUGAAUAGUGCGACAAUGGCGAGUUUAUUGCAUAAUUAUGUAACGUGUAAACUUAGAUUAUUCUUAGCAUUGUUACUAUUAUUAUGUUACUGCUAUCUUCACUAGCGAUUGUUUAUGUAAAGCACAGACAUAAUAAAUAUCAAGAAUAAUAUGAAGAG